GCGACGGAUCGGCAGCUGUGGACUUCACUGCUCCGGAUAACCUUGGGACUUUUGUUGUGAGGGCCUACGCCGUCACAGAUACACCUCGCUUUGGCAGUGCGGAAAUGGAGGUCAUCAUUCGGAGGAAGCUGUCGAUCACACCUUCUGCCCCUCGGAUCGUCAGAGUGGGCGACGCCUUUGAGGCGGGCGUCAUCGUCACGAUUUCGGGAGGGAUGGUUUCAAAUGUGCCCAUAACCGUGGACCUGAAAAUCGAGGGCGACUCCCAGGAUCUCCUGUCGCUGACAGUGGAAUCUGAGAAAGAGAUUGUGACAUAUGCUGAUG